GGUAUCUUAUAGGCACUGGCGCCUACGACUGGUAUCCAGACCCUGGGUCCGAACGGCAACAACAGGCGUCUCGAAGUCCUCGACAAUUUAUGCUUCAGCUAAUUGUGACUCUGUUAGCUCGUAGUUAUAUUGGUUCAUUUGAUGCAAUUGGUCCACAAUGGUUUCGCGCACGAGCCGAUAAUGCAAGAGCCCCAGUUUUAAACUUUC